GGGGCGGGGAGAGGGCUGGGCUGCCGCCGAGGCGACCUUCCUCCAUGCGGAGGGGCGAAGCGGCAUGGCCGAGGCUCAGCAGCUCCGCGUGCAAGAGGCCAUCGACAGCAUGGUGCAGGGGCUGGAGCGAGAGAACAUCCGGAAGAUGCAGGGAAUCAUGUUCCGGUGCAGCGCGACGUGCUGUGAGAACAACAAGGCCUCCAUGCAGCAAGUGCACCAGUGCAUUGAGCGCUGCCAUGCGCCCCUGGCUCAGGCGCAGGCCGUGGUCACCCAAGAGCUGGAGAGAUUUCAGGACCGCCUUGCCCGCUGCACAAUGCAUUGUAAUGACCAAGCCAAAGACUCCUUAGAUUCAGGGAGCAAAGAGCAGCAGAUCAAACUGCAGCUGGACAACUGCGUGACAAAGUGUGUGGACGACCACAUGCACCUCAUUCCCAGCAUGACCAAAAAGAUGAAGGAGAACUUGGCCAGCAUUGCCCAGUAAACACCCUGGCUUUGCGGAGGAACGGGAAAGGGAGAUAAUCAAUUAAAAUUAAGAUGGGCAUGAUUGCCCUUUCUGGAAACAUAGAAAGCAAACAUUGGGUGACUUUUUUAUGGCGUGACUGUAUACUUGUGGCCUCCUGAAGUGCUUGAGAAUUUAGGGUUUGGUUUGGGGAAAAGGCUGCAGAUUGUCAGAUUGUGUAAAAGAAAAAACGACAGGCUCCUUUGGCAUCAAUGAUGUUUGUGUGCACAGACCUGUGUCAAACCCUUUUGUUGUGGUUCUUCCCCACCUUGUAGCAAAGUUGAGUGUGGGGAGGGGAAUCCAGAAGGUGCUAGCUCCGAAAUGUGGUGUCUCAACAAGACAGAACCACUGGCUGUGCACCUCUUUCUUAAGCUGCCUUACAAAUAUAGACACACAGAAGUAUCUGUCUCUGUGGUCUUUUCGGAAGGAGAUGGUUUGCUGGGGGCAAAACGGCUUCUCUAUUGCGAUAUUACAUUUUUUGAAAUAGCAGAAAUAGCAGUGCUGAAACCAAACUGCCCCCAAAUAGGAAUUCCCCAAAGCCAUAGCUGCCAAGUUAUCCCUUUUUUAAAGGGAUUUUCCCUUAUGCUGAAUAGGCUUCCUCGCGAGAAAAGGGAAAACUUGGCAGCUAUGCCCAAAGCUGAGGGGCUCCUUAUGCCUUCAGCAGAAUCUAGUACUAUUAAUGCUUUUUCUGGACGUUAGCACUUCAGACUGUAGCUAUAGGCUUGCUUGCUCAAAGGCUUCCAGUGUGGAAAAAGAGCAAAUUGGAUCCAUGCAUAUGGGGGAGGUUGGGAGAGAUGGAGGCUCAGUUUUUCUCAUUGAAAUGCUAGUUUUCAGUGUGCAAGGGAAGUUCUACCGACCCAGUGAGGAAGGAGGCAUUCAUGACACCUCUCUACCAUGCAAAAUGCAGCCUGUAAAGCAAACCACUUGGAUUUUGCUGAAAUCAAAAAUGUGGCUUUCAAUGGAUUCUUAAACAUCUCUGUGUGUGUUUUUGUUUUGCUGGGCACUGGAAUGACACAGCAACGUUUGUUUUUGGUUUUUAUCUGACACUCCUCACUCUGAAAGUCACCCCCAAACUAAACACUUAUAAAAACAUCAUUCUUAAAUUAAAACCUUUUAUUGUUUCUCAAGUUUCAUUUGAAGUCUAGGCAUUAUUGCUCGAGCCGUUUCCCAAGUUCAUUUCAACCGGGGGGAAAUCCUUCGUUGGCCACAAAGCACCCACAGUCCUUCAACGCAACUCCCUCCUCUCCUUCCCUGCACAAAGACCUUCAGCAAUUGUGAAGAACAUUUUCCCAGUGGAACCUACCAUGGGAUCCCAACCCAAGCAAAAGAAUUACCGUAUUGCAUCCUUUUUUCAUUGGCAGCUAUUGACCUGUGUUCUGUAGAAGCAGUGAAAUGUAUUGUGGUAAGCCAGGGGCAGCCAGCGUGGUACCCUUUGGAUGUUGUUGGACUACAGUUCCCAUUAGCCCCAGCCGGAAGGGUGAUGGGAGUUGUAGUCCAAAACAUCUGAAAGGCAGGCUGCCCCUGUACACUCCUGUGACAUGUUACAAUAAGGCCUCUAGCAGACAAAGUUGUCCCUGGGAGGAAGUUCUCAUGGCUGCUUUUGCUAUUUUGUAAUAUUUAAAAUAACUUCAGAUAUAUGACUUUAAAGGUAUAUCAUGGUAAAGAGGUUAGGGGCAAACAGCUUUUUGUGUCUUCCUCUAAGGGGUGCAGGGAACUGUAGAUGACCUGGAGUGCUGUAGAAUUUGGAUGGAGCAACUUUGUUUACGGAACAGCCUUUGAAGACUCAAAUGUCAUGUUCAGGUUUAUGCAUAACAAUUCUACUAAAAGAUGUUGGUGGGACAAGUACAAUGUGACAUAUAAUAGCCCCACCUGGGUCCCCAGCAAGCGAAACAAAUAAUUCCUUCCUACCCUUGCAUUGAAAACAUACUUUUUUUGUUUAAUCCAUUAUAUGUGUGAUUAAAUUUAUGUGUACUGAUCAACAGUAUUUCUGCUGUGUUGAAACUGUUUCUCCUCAAUUGUGUCUGAAUUCUGUAACAAUUUUAAUUAGGGUUUGGAUUCCCUGCUGCAGAGCCAACUAGCACUACAUCCUUCCAAUCCAAUAGUAAUGUUUUUUCCCCUUCAGAUGUAGGAGGUAGAGCUUUGAGUGCUUGGAUUAGGCCCAAAAAGCAGAAAAAUGCUGACCAGCAAACAGCAUGUAUUGUGAAUGUGGGUGUGCUCAUUCCAACGACAAUGACCCUUUGGGGCUGCAGGAAUACUGUUCCAAAAAUUAACAAAGCUCCAGUGCCCUAUUUGCCCUUCCUUUCUUUAAACUGUGAAUUAUUUUAUUAAAGUUGAAUUAAAAAUGGUUUUUAAAAAUGAAACUGUGUAUUGUAGGUAUUUUAGCUGUGUUGAAAAAGUGGUAUGGGUACUGGGGGGUGGAUGCAUGGGAGAUAAACUAUGGUCACAUCCACAACAUACCGGUACAUUUAAAGCACACAGUUCCCCACAAAUUGGCCUGGGACUCGGAACUAGUUUACUUUCGUCAAAGCCAUAUGCUUUUAGA